AUGUCCACCCCGCCAGAUUCCCCGAUUGAUCCUUCAAGGUUGUGGCCUCGCAAGCUUGCUCAGGUUGUCUCAUAUAACGAGGAGGAGAAGGACUCUAUCGCAGUAUCAUCUGAUGGUGAGCAAGGGUCCUCGACCGACGAAUUCUACGGCAUUGAAAGUGGCGAAGACAUCAAUGAAGGUGUUGACAAUGACACCAACGGCGACAACGAUGACAGCGAUGAUGGCGAAGAUGAUGACAACGACGACGGUGAAGACGGUGACAGCGGACCAUCUAGCAAGCUCCGUUGUGUGGACGACUCGAGUGAGGAUGGUGGAGGUCCAAGUGAAGUCGACACUGCGUAA